GGCAGAAGGAGAACGUCUGCUGAGCCAGAGGAGUGACAAUGAAUUUCAAACAUCAGCGAAUGGAGCUCAAUGAUGGUCACUUUAUUCCUGUACUGGGCUUUGGCACCUAUGCAGCUGAAGAGGUUCCCAAGGGAAAGAUUGUGGAUUGCACAAAAUUAGCUAUAGCUUCUGGGUUCCGUCAUAUUGAUUGUUCUCAUUUGUACCAAAAUGAAGAGGAGGUAGGACUGGCUAUUCAAAGCAAGAUUGAAGAUGGCACUGUGAAAAGGGAAGAUAUAUUUUAUACUUCAAAGCUUUGGUCCACUUUCCAUCGACCAGAAUUAGUCCGCCCUAGCUUGGAAAGAUCCUUGAAAGAACUUCAUUUGGACUACGUGAAUCUCUAUCUUAUUCAUUUCCCAGUGUCUCUGAAGCCAGGGGAUGAGAUUCUGCCAAAAGAUGAGCAUGGGAAAUUACUUCUUGACACAGUGGAUCUCUGUGCCACAUGGGAGGCCAUGGAGAAGUGCAAGGAUGCAGGACUGGCUAAGUCCAUUGGGGUGUCCAACUUUAACCGCAGACAGCUAGAGAUGAUCCUGAAUAAGCCAGGGCUCAAGUACAAGCCCGUGUGCAAUCAGGUGGAAUGCCAUCCUUAUCUCAACCAGAGUAAACUGCUGGAUUUCUGCAAAUCAAAAGGCAUUGCUCUGGUUGCCUAUGGGGCACUGGGAACUCAACGAUAUAAAUACUGUGUUGAUGAAAACACUCCAUUUCUCUUGGAUGAUCCAAUUAUUUGUGCCAUGGCAAAAAAGUACAAGCGCAGUCCAGCUCUGGUUGCCCUUCGCUACCAGCUGCAGAGAGGGGUUGUGGUGCUGGCCAAGAGUUUCAAGGAGGAGAGGAUCAAAGAGAACCUGCAGGUGUUUGAAUUCCAGUUGGCUUCAGAGGACAUGAAAAUCCUAGAUAACCUAAAUAGGAAUUACCGGUACUUUUCUGCUGAGAUGUUUAAUGGCCACCCUAACUUUCCAUUUUCUGAUGAAUAUUAA